GUUUAGAUCUUGAGGGACAACAUGUUCUCAGCGUUCACACAACUGAAAAGCUUGGACCUCCAGCAGAACGACAUCUCCAUGAUGGAGGACGGAGCCUUCACGGGCCUCUCCAAGCUCACCACCCUGCUGCUGCAGCACAACGGACUAAGAACAGCCUCCGAGGACGUCCUGCUCCCUCUGCCCCGCCUCACCUACCUCCGUCUGUACGACAACCCCUGGAGCUGCCUCUGCUCAUUGGACAGCCUGAUCAGAAAGCUGCAGCUACCCAGCAACCGCAACCUGGGCAACUACGCCAAAUGUGCGGAACCUCAUUCACUGUCGGGCCAAAAACUGAAGAAAAUAAACGUGGAUGCGUUGUGUGAGGCCGACAGGAGGCCGGGGGACAAGGACGGUGGACGACCAAAGCUGCCCAUCAAGGUGAAGCCAGAGGCCACGUCCAUGUGUCACACCUACAUGUUCCCUAAACCUCUGCUGGACUGCAGCCACAAAGGUAAGAGGCCGUCUG